AUGGAGUGUCCAAGAGCGGUAGAAAGCAGAUGGUCAAUAUCUGGAGACGUGGAGCGUCACGAAUCCAUCAACGACGAUAAUUUCGACCAGCCACGAGAAUUUUGGACUAAGGUAUUGAACAAUGGGGAACGGGAGAGACUAGUUGAGAACACGUUCCAGACGAUGAAGGACUGCAAGCCAUACAUUCAGGAUCGCGCAAUUGAAAAUUUCAGAAAGGUACAUGCAGACUUUGGAACUAAGCUUCGACAUAUGGUGGACGCGUAUAAUGCCCAGAAGGUAGGGUGUUCAACAGGUGGUAUUAUAGGUAAUGUAAAAGACCGUACCUUCAAGUCUCGUGGCUGUCCAUUCUGUCGUGGCAAUUACGAUGGAGAAUAA